GUAUCCCCUGAAGUAUUGCCUUGAGGUUGGAUUAUGUUGAAAAGCUUCUGACCACUCUCUUUCAUUACCAAAACCUUGUGCUUGAGGCCCAACGAAUGAGUCCACCUCAGUGAACACGUCAGCUCUCUCUCAGAUAGCCAUAAAAGACCCUUCCAAGUUAAUUUGGACCACAUAUUUGUCUGCACUUUAUGGAGGAUGAAACCACCAAACCAAAUGAACAUUGCUGCUGAUACAGAAGCCUUGGAGGCAGAAAAUUAAAAAUUUGAACAUUUGUGAGUGUGUGAAGAAUUCUAAUGGGACACUGAGUGUGUGUGUGUGUGUGUGUGUGUGUGUGUGUAAGUGUAAGGUGUUCAGAACCCUGUGGUAUUUCUGUGUGGUCUUCAUCCUCAAAGCCUUUGUUUUCACUGCUGGGGAAAGCCCAGUGGCUGUUUUAUGGUGGUUGGUUUCCUUACCAACCUGAGUAUGAGUGCUCAGACUUCCCCAGCACAGAAGGGCCUGAACCCAGGGCUGAUGUGCCAGGAAAGUUACGCCUGCAGCGGGACUGACGAAGCUGUCUUCGAGUGUGAUGAGUGCUGCAGCCUGCAGUGUCUCCGCUGCGAGGAGGAGCUCCAUCGGCAGGAGCGCCUGAGAAACCACGAGCGGAUAAGACUCAAACCUGGCCACGUCCCGUACUGUGACCCCUGCAAGGGCCCCAACGGGCACUCACCCGGUGUUAGGCAGAGGGCAGCUGUGCGGUGCCAGACCUGUAAAAUCAACUUGUGCCUGGAGUGCCAGAAGAGGACUCAUUCUGGGGGUAACAAAAGGAGACACCCCGUUACCGCCUACCAUGUCCCUAAGGGCCAGGAGUCACUGGAGGAAGAAGAGAUGGAUGAGGAGACCAAGAGGAAGAAGAUGACUGAGAAGGUUGUGAGCUUCCUCCUAGUAGAUGAAAACGAAGAAAUUCAGGUGUCUAAUGAAGAGGACUUUAUUAGGAAAUUGGACUGCAAACCUGAUCAGCAUCUGAAGGUUGUUUCCAUUUUUGGAAAUACUGGUGAUGGGAAGUCUCAUACCCUCAAUCACACUUUCUUUUAUGGCCGUGAAGUCUUCAAAACCUCCCCUGCCCAGGAGUCCUGCACCGUGGGAGUGUGGGCAGCAUAUGACCCAGUCCACAAAGUGGCAGUGAUAGACACGGAAGGGCUCCUGGGGGCUACGGUGAAUAUCAGCCAGAGAACACGGCUGCUGCUUAAGGUCCUGGCCAUCUCAGACCUCGUCAUCUAUCGAACUCAUGCAGACCGGCUGCAUAAUGACCUCUUCAAGUUCCUUGGGGACGCCUCAGAAGCUUAUCUGAAGCACUUCACCAAGGAGCUCAAGGCUACUACUGCCCGCUGUGGCCUGGAUGUGCCCUUGUCCACCCUGGGCCCUGCUGUUAUCAUUUUCCAUGAGACUGUGCACACUCAGCUACUGGGCUCUGAUCACCCGUCAGAGGUGCCGGAGAAGCUCAUCCAGGACCGUUUCCGGAAGCUGGGCCGCUUCCCUGAAGCCUUCAGUUCCAUUCACUACAAGGGAACCAGGACUUACAACCCUCCCACGGACUUCUCUGGGCUUCGGAGAGCUUUGGAGCAGCAACUAGAGAACAACACCACCCGUUCUCCCCGACACCCAGGAGUCAUCUUCAAAGCCUUGAAGGCAUUGAGCGACCGCUUCAGCGGUGAGAUCCCCGAUGACCAGAUGGCGCACAGCUCCUUUUUCCCAGACGAGUACUUCACCUGCUCCUCCUUGUGCCUCAGCUGCGGGGCUGGAUGUAAGAACAGCAUGAAUCAUGGGAAAGAAGGAGUACCUCAUGAAGCCAAGAGCCGCUGCAGCUACUCCCACCAGUAUGACAACCGAGUUUAUACCUGCAAGGCCUGCUAUGAGAGAGGCAAGGAGGUCAGCGUAGUGCCCAAGACAUCUGCUUCCACCGACUCCCCCUGGAUGGGUCUUGCAAAAUAUGCCUGGUCUGGGUAUGUGAUCGAAUGUCCUAACUGCGGCGUGGUCUAUCGUAGCCGGCAAUACUGGUUUGGGAACCAAGAUCCUGUGGAUACGGUGGUGCGGACAGAGAUUGUGCAUGUGUGGCCUGGAACUGAUGGAUUUCUGAAGGACAACAACAAUGCUGCCCAGCGCCUCUUGGACGGGAUGAACUUCAUGGCUCAAUCGGUGUCUGAGCUUAGCCUUGGGCCCACCAAGGCUGUAACAUCCUGGCUGACAGACCAGAUAGCACCAGCCUACUGGAGGCCCAACUCCCAGAUCCUGAGCUGCAGCAAGUGUGCUACGUCCUUUAAAGAUAACGACACCAAGCAUCACUGCCGGGCCUGUGGGGAGGGCUUCUGUGAUGGCUGCUCAUCCAAGACCCGGCCGGUGCCCGAGCGGGGCUGGGGCCCCGUGCCCGUGCGGGUGUGUGACAACUGCUAUGAAGCCAGGAAUGUCCAGUUAGAUGUUGCUGAGGCACAGGCGGAUGACGAAGGUGGGACACUAAUUGCUCGGAAGGUGGGCGAGGCUGUGCAGAACACUUUGGGAGCCGUGGUGACAGCCAUGGACAUACCACUAGGUCUGGUGAAGGAUGCGGCCCGGCCGGCGUACUGGGUGCCCGACCACGAGAUCCUGCACUGCCACAACUGCCGGAAGGAGUUCAGCAUCAAGCUCUCCAAGCACCACUGCCGGGCCUGCGGCCAGGGCUUCUGUGACGAGUGCUCCCAUGACCGCCGGGCUGUCCCAUCUCGAGGCUGGGACCAUCCUGUCCGAGUCUGCUUUAACUGCAAUAAAAAGCCCGGUGACCUUUAACCCCAGCUCCCUCUCCCCAUCCUUCACAAUUCCUUAGGUUCUCAGGGUUAGAAACAGAAGUCUCAUCGAGGUAGGCCCUCCUCCUGGUCACCUGUGGUGGUGUGUAUCCUCUCUGCUCAUCCUGGGGCCACUUUCCCACGGUGUGGGGUAGGCAGAUGGCAAGCUGGGGUGAGCCUGGCGGCAGGCCCGAAGGCAGAAACCCCUCGGGGCAGAGGACUAAGCAGCUUGUCGAAGCCGUUGCAUUUAUAUCAGUUAAAAAUAACAAAUAUAUCCCCGUGUCGACAUACGAAAGGCAUAUGGAGUCUCCAGGCUGCUGGUUGCAGACUGAAUGCAGUCUGUCCCCAGCGCAGGAAUAAGGUGGCAGUGGCAGCAGGUCUUCCCAUAAAACCGAGCCAGGUACAAAGCCACUGUGUUGCUGGCCACCGUUUCUUCUUCCCAAGCCUUCGAAGCCUCUCCUUCCCUUUCCCUUUAGGCCUCUUGGUUGCCUGGGGAAGUGAGCUUCCCAGGUGCUUGCUUGGAAUAGCCCGGAAGGGGUCUGUCUACCUGGGCCCUCCAGAGCUGCAUCCCAGGCCUUGGCCUAAGCCUGUUUCAGAGACCACUCAGCUUAGCGUGCAGGUCACCGGAGUGGGUGGAGGGUGAGGGGUAGGGUCCUCAGCCCUGAGAAGUCAGAGUGCGGGUGAUGUGACACCCUCGUACCCGGGGAGAGCUUGGAAGGAAGUGGGUCUCCCCAACAGUGUUUCCUGCUUGUUGCUGCUUCUGUCUGUGCAUCCACUCGGCUUCCCAAAGGCCAUACCCUGCUCCGAAAGAGAGCACCCACUUCCCGCCCCCUCUAACCUUCUCAAGCCACCAUCUGCUUCUGAGUGUUGCACUAGGAUUUUUAUUGCUUAUUUUGAAGUGUCUUAAUUCUUUGUUCCCAGACACAUGACCCCUCUAGCUAUUGGAGGGGUGAUCAUGAGCAAUCUUCCAGGGAAACAGAGCACAGAAUGGACUGUUAGUUAUUUUCUGUUUUGGUUUUUUUGAGUAUCUAUAAAUAUUUCAACAGAUCAUGAAGAAACAAAUUCUCUCUGGUCCUUGCAAGAGAAGUCAAACGAACUUUUGCUUCUCAUUAAGAGCUGGGACGUCCAUCUCUGGUGUGACUGGAAAGACUGUUGUGCUGAAUCCUGUCAUCAUGGUGGACUUUAUCUUCAAUGGCCAAAAACGAAGAUAUAAAAAGUGACAUAGUUUUUGACUGAACUGGUGGGUGGGCGGAGCUUCAGGGGGUACUUGGCGGUCACUCUGGUGUGUCAGUGUGACGGGAGCCCUGGAAUGUGUUGGUCUGCAGACCUGCUCCCUUGCUCCCGUGGCCGUGACAGGCCCUACUCUAGUACUGUGUAUCAACUGCGCUGUUAUAAAGGACUUCCUGCUGAA